AUGGGUGGCAGUGGCAGCAUGGGUUCAGGUACUGAUGUUGGUGCCGGCGGUAGUAAUGGUGCCAUUGGUACACAACCACGGUUUUUUCCGGGUCAGUGGGGUCCAUGCUCAGCAACGUGUGGUCCCGGCGUAGCUACACGUACGGUUGAAUGCAUAGCUUUACAAGGAAUCACCUCAAAUAUUAUUAAACUGCCAGACUAUGAAUGUGAAGGUACGCCAAAACCAAAUGCAUUUCAACCGUGUCAAGUGCAGCAGUGUGCAUUAAAUGACGCAGAUAAUGAGUUACCUGUACGUGAACGAUCGUUGACACCUACACGUCCAUUCAAGUGGGAUUACGGUGACUGGACAGUUUGCUCUGCUUCUUGUCUUGGAGGUAAGCAACGUUCCACUCUUAGAUGUGUCGAUGUCAAGCGACGCACCACUGUCGCAUGGUCAUUUUGUGAUGCCAAACAGCGACCUGUUGAUUUGAUACGUUCUUGCAAUAAUGACCCUUGUCCACCGGAAUGGGAUAUUGGUGAGAUGUCACAAUGUUCACACACUUGCGGAGGUGGUUUACGCACUCGAAAGGUGCGCUGCAUACGGCGUAUAUCACGGACCGGUGGUGCGGAAUCGACACUGAUUCUACCAGAUGGCCAGUGUCCACAGCCAAAGCCAACCAGCAACGAAGCGUGUGGCCUGGUAGAUUGUCCUGCGGCAUGGAAGACUAGUAAUUGGGGUCAAUGUUCAACAACUUGCGGUCCUGGUGAGCAACGCCGUGAAGUGACCUGUGAACAACGUGUAGCUGACGGUCAACUGAAACACUUUUACCCUCCAAUACAAUGCCGUCAUAUCGAGAAGCCACCAACUGUCCAACUUUGUGACUUAGGUGUGUGUAAUAGCCUGGCUGAUUCGACGUUUCCGGAAAUGGAUAAGAUUUCAUCUCCGAUGUCAACUUUGACAUCACAGCACGGACAUAGCCGAAAGUUGACACUAAAUAUAGGUGGCAGUGCAAAGCUGUUCGUUGGCACAUCGCUGAAGGUGAAAUGCCCAGUUCGUAAUUAUGCAAAGAAUAAAAUUACUUGGACAAAAGAUGGGCAAAAGAUUACGAACAAUGCGCACAUUAAAGUAUCAUCAAAUGGUGCAUUACGUAUUUUCCACGCCCGAAUGGAAGAUGCUGGCGUAUAUGCGUGUAUAGCUAAUGGCAUUCAGGGGAAUGUCACGUUAAGUUUCAAGUCACGAGAAAAUAAAGAUGGAAAUGUAAAUGAUUCUCGUUCAAUGUUAAAUCAAAAUAUGAUAGAGAAUGAUGAUUUGGAGAACGAUCCGAUUGCUGUUGAUCAUCAAUUAAUACAGAAAGUGCGACAAUCAUUAAAAGACAACGAUGACAUUCGAAUGUUGGAGAAAUUAGCUGAAGUGACUGAACCAGGCAAUAUUAAGAUUGAUUAUGCUACCGGUGAAUGGUCAAAAUGUUCCCAUUAUGAAUGUGGGAAACCAGGACGAGCACAGGUAAGACAAUUAAAAUGUCGAAUUAGUUACCAAGGUUCGGUUGGGUACCUGGAUGACGACGUGUGUGAAAGUUUCGGAGUGAUACGACCACCUUCCACGAGAAGUUGCCUUCCAGCGCAUUGCCCGCGGUGGCAGGCAUCACCGUGGUCUGAGUGUUUAUCUUCCCGUUGUAUUCGACAUUCUACAUCCAUGCAAAGACGUGAAGUGAAGUGCGCAUAUGAGAAUGGUACAAAUGCGCCAUUUGAAUUGUGUGAUCGAGAAAGCAGACCAAAAGUGAAAAAGGAAUGCAUUAAUGUGAACUGUACGGCUGAUUGGAGACCAUCCGUCUGGGGACAAUGUAGUCGAACAUGCGGCGAUGGUGGAGUGCAGAUGCGUUUGUUACGUUGCGUAUGGCGUGGAACACGUAAACCAGCUGGUCGCAAUUGUCAAUCAUCGUUACGGCCAACAGCAAUUAGAGCGUGCCAAGAAGCUAGCAAUUUACCUGAAUGUCCAUCAAAAUUAUCAACAGGUGCUGGCGCUGUUGUCGCUGCUGCUUCUAAUGCUAUAGUGGCGUCCAAGCCUUUCCUGCCGAAAGGACUAGAAAAUUGGCGUGGUUGGAGACUUUAUGACUGGGCACCUAAUAGCAAUGGCCAAUUUAGACGAAAAUUCUGA